AUGGGAGCGUUUAUCGCCAAGAUGUUGCUGCCCACCAUCAGCAGUUUGGUGUUCCUGCCUGCAGCCAGUGUUGCCGCCAAGAGGGGUUUCCAUAUGGAGGCCAUGGUCUAUUUCUUCACAAUGUUCUUCACAGCGAUUUACCAUGCAUGUGAUGGCCCAGGCUUGUCCAUUCUCUGUUUCAUGAAGUAUGAGAUCCUGGAGUACUUCAGCGUGUACGGCACAGCUAUCUCCAUGUGGGUCACGCUACUAGCGCUGGGAGAUUUCGAUGAACCCAAGCGCUCUUCGCUCACCAUGUUUGGGGUGUUGACAUCGGCUGUGCGAAUCUACCAGGACCGCUUAGGCUACGGCAUCUACUCCGGCCCCAUUGGAACAGCUGUCUUCAUGUUAACAGUCAAAUGGUUACAAAAAAUGAAGGAAAAGAAAGGCCUUUAUCCAGACAAAAGUGUUUACACUCAACAAGUGGGGCCAGGGUUCUGCUUCGGCGCUCUUGCUUUGAUGCUUCGCUUCUAUUUUGAGGAGUGGGACUACGCUUAUGUCCACAGUUUCUACCAUGUGUCACUGGCUGUGUCCUUCAUUCUGCUGCUGCCCAAGAAGAACCGCUACGCCGGGACGGGACGCAAUGCAGCCAAACUCAAAUGCUACACCCUCUGCUGCUGUGUAUGA